UUUUUCAGUCCCACCUUCGUUUGUCUCUGAAACUAUAAGCAAAAAGAUGAAAAAGAUAAAUGAAUCCCACGAGCAAUUAAUUAUUUCAAUGCGAAAACUGGGUUUUGAUUGUGAGUCUUAGCUGGUCCGAUCACGUACCUCCUUACGCCUCCUUAAAAUUCACCAAAAUUCAAACAAACCAGCUUCACCUAUCCUUCUAUCAUCUACCUAUAUAUACACACACGCACAGUUGCUAGUUGCUUUUGUUUUAUUUAUUUGUUCUGAUAUAAUCAUAAGGGUGUAGCUUUUCUAUUUUGUGGAAACUGCGAAGUGGGCAUUAGUCUUCGUCCCCAUAAUCCAUGCCCCAAUAAGAUAUACUAUAUUUCACUCUGCUGCACACAGUCAUGGAUUUCAGCGUUAUAUUCAAACUUCGUUUCAUGCCCGCGCACUAACCUAACAAUUAGUUGCUUUCAAUUAUUAUUAUUAUUAUUAUUAUUACUUUUGGUUCGUCUCUUUGCCUGUUUCUCUUUCCAAUACUUGAGAGUGUGACCGUUUUAAAAAAGUUACAGUGAGAGAAGUAGAGAGAAGAAAGAGAAAGCAAAUUAAUAAGAUGAGCCAGAGAUGAGGAACAAACAGUUUUGCUAGGAUUCUCUAAAAAGUGUGGUCUUCGUUCAAUCUAUCUCUACAGUUGAUUUGUGUAGGCUUGCUCUUGCGAACGAGCCAUUGAGUCUAACCCAGAUAGCAGAAUCUCAGACAGCAUUCAUAGCCGAGAGGACAGUGAUUGAGAUCAAAGAAGAGAGGUCUGAAAAGUUAGGAUCCGAGGCCAAUCCUUUGGAAGGGAAGAGGUGGCUUGGCUUUAGCAUGCAAGUUGGCUCCUGCAAAAGGAAGGAGCGUCUCACCAGCAUUAGAAUAGAAUAAACUUCUCUCAAAGCACAACAUGCAAGAUAUGAAGCAGAGGCAGCAUCAGCAAGACAAAGAAGAAUCUAAGAAGAAGGAGCGUCACAUUGUCUCUUGGACUCAAGAGGAGGAUGAUAUACUUAGAGAGCAGAUUAGCAUUCACGGAACAGACAAUUGGACAAUUAUUGCAUCUAAAUUCAAGGAUAAAACGACAAGACAGUGCAGGAGAAGGUGGUACACAUACUUGAAUUCUGAUUUCAAGAAAGGAGGGUGGUCACCAGAGGAAGAUAUGCUAUUAUGUGAGGCUCAAAAGAUUUUUGGCAACAGAUGGACAGAAAUAGCUAAGGUGGUUUCAGGCAGAACGGAUAAUGCUGUGAAAAACCGCUUCUCCACACUAUGUAAAAAGAGAGCGAAAUAUGAAGCCUUGACCAAAGAGAACAGCCCUUCAUUCAUCAAUUCAAAUAACAAAAGGAUAAUUUUUCAACAUAUUUACAGUACAGAUGCUACAUCAGAGGCUGCAGAAUCAAUUAAGAAGAUGAGUAGGGCCCACAUCCCUGAUGCUGCAGCAAGUAUCACUUAUGGAGACAGAUCACGUAAACUAUUUGGAACACCAGUUAGUCAGCAACCUAGAGUGCCAUUUGGUAUAUUAUCUAAUUUCAAUGAUAACAGCUUGCCAGACCAACGUCCUGUCUGCAAUGUCAAGUUCAGCAGUUAUGCCCAAAAUAACAAGACUCAAGGAACAUUCCUCAAAAAGGAUGAUCCAAAGAUAAGUGUGUUGAUGCAGCAAGCGGAAUUAUUAAGCUCACUUGCAGUGAAAGUUAACACAGAGAACAUGGACCAGAGUCUUGAGAAUGCAUGGAAGGUUCUGCAAGAUUUUCUGAACCGAACAAACAAAUCAGAUCUUUCAAGAUAUAAGAUCACAGAUUUACAGCUGGAAAAUCUUAAAAAUAUGGCUGAGGACAUAAAGAGUGGUCAUGAGGGGAGCCAACCAUAUCCAAGGCAACCAGAGCUACAUGAGGACUCUCCAAGCAGUUCCGAAUAUAGUACAGGAUCAACUAUCCUGCCCCGUUCAACUUGUGAUGAUUUGGAACAUUCACUGCAUCUAAAUGUUAGAACAGAAGGGAAGCCUACAGCAAGUGAAGAGAAAAAAGGAGUUAUUAGUUGUGGGAAACAAGUUUUUGCUGCUUCAACUGCAGAUCAAGCAGAUAUCUUGCCAUCUUGUGAGGAACAGAUAGUCGAUGAUUUCAUUGUUUCUGCCUUGUCAAGUGCAGAGUUCAGUUCCCCUAUUCAGGUUACUCCUCUGUUCAGAUCCUUGGCUGCAGGAAUUCCUAGCCCACAGUUUUCAGAAAGUGAAAGGAACUUUCUGAUGAAAACACUAGGAAUGGAAUCCCCAUCACAGAAACAAAGCGCAAAAGCCUCACAACCACCACCUUGCAAAAGAGCCCUAUUGCAGAGUCUAUAACCAAAUGUCAUAAUACAUAUAAAGUAUAAAAACUCCUAUGUAUGCCUUUCCCCUUUCUGAUUCCUUCCUUCCUACCUUUGGGAAUGAAGCAUGCUGAGUGCUAUAUUGCAUUGGCGAGAAUAGACUCCAAAGAUUGCAAGUGCAGCCAUAUUCAGAUCCAAAUUUUGCUAGGCAUCCCCCUCCAAGAAUGUGAUGGAACAUUCUUGUGAUCUUUAGACAUAUCUAACAGUGCCUUUUACCUCAUCCCUGACACUUGCACAAAAAAUCAGCAUGCUUAAUGUGUCAUUCUGUGGGUUGUCUUAGUUUGAUAUGGUGUUCUGCGUUUGUUUUUCUCUAAUCCAUCUUUUGAUCUUUAUUUCUAUUUUGUACAUAGGCUUUAGUAGUUCUGAGUGAUGUACACAUCGGCAUAUCGCCUCUCCUACUCUAUAUAUGAACAGAAACAGAGAUAGAAGAGAUAAAGAGGAAAAAAACUCCCCAAAUGUGAGAGGGUGAGAAAGAGUUUGAAGAAGAUUAACCAGUGAAAUAUUGGAUUUCUUUUUCGUUAUUUUGGGUGUGCAUAGGGUAUAGAAUAAUUUUAUUUUUCCCUUUUGGAGUCUGAUGUAAUGGAACUUCAUUUUUGGAGUGGAAAUGCAUAUUGGUUUUGGUGUGCAGAAA